AGGCGCAGUGGCGGCGGCGGGGGGGGGCCAUGGCGGCGGCGGCGCCGCUGCCCCCGGCCGGGGGGGCGCCCCCUGGCGGUGCCGCGGGGCGGGCGGCGGCGGCGGCCCCGGGGGGACCCCGGGCCGAGGGCGCCGAGGGGCUGUUCGUGGUGCUGGGAGCGGGGCUCGCCGCCGCCAGCCACCCCCUGCUCUACGUCAAGCUGCUCGUCCAGGUUGGGCACGAGCCACUACCUCCAACCGUUGGAAGAAACGUGCUGGGAAGGAAAGUCCUGUACCUGCCCGGCUUCUUCACCUACGCCAGACACAUCGUGGAAGUGGAUGGGAAAAGAGGCCUCUUCCGCGGUCUUACUCCUCGCCUCAUCUCAAGCACUUUAUCAACCAUCACCAGGGGGAGCGUGAAGAAGGCCUUUCCACUGGAAGACAUGGAGCAUGUUUCUAACAAGGAUGAUGUGAAGACCUCCCUUAGGAAAGUGGUAAAAGAGACAUCUCACGAGAUGAUGAUGCAGUGCGUGUCCCGGGUUGUCUCACAUCCGCUGCACGUGAUCUCGAUGCGCUGCAUGGUCCAGUUCGUAGGCCGGGAAGUCAAAUACAGCGGUGUGUUCAGCGCCAUCGGCAGGAUAUUUAAGGAAGAAGGGAUCCUGGGAUUCUUUGUCGGUUUAGUCCCUCACAUCCUGGGGGAUGUCAUCUUCCUCUGGUGCUGCAACCUCUUGGCUCACUUCAUCAACACCUACGCGGUGGACGAUAACUUCAGCCAGGCAUCGGUGAUCCGGAGCUACACAAAAUUCGUGAUGGGGAUCGCUGUGAGCAUGCUGACGUACCCAUUCCUUCUGGUGGGAGAUCUCAUGGCAGUGAACAACUGUGGGUUGCGUGCCGGCCUCCCUCCCUACGCUCCCGCGUUUACGUCCUGGAUCCAUUGCUGGAGGUAUCUCAGUGCUCAGGGGCAGCUCUUCCGCGGCUCCAGCCUGCUCUUCCGCAGAGCUCCCAUGCCGGCCACCUGCUUCCCCAUCGAUUGACCCCCCCCAGCUCACAGGGAGAGCUGAUGAACGUGGACUCCUCAAGAAACCCUAAGCUUGUUUCGAUAUAUGUAUAUUUUUUUCUUUUCAAUCCAAAGUCCGUGGUGCCAGAACAAGACAAUUCCUCUCCAGCAAGGCCGGCAAGAAGUUGGCUUCUGGAGAUACAGCUUCAGGCCCCAGCUGGACCAAAGCCCCAUCCUCAUGGCUGUCUCGACCAGGAUGUGUAGCAGAGAGAGCAGAAGGGAGUUGUCUCUUUGGUCCAGGCUGUAGCGCUGGAGUCACUGGGGAAGUUUGGGCAACCAGAAAAUGCCCAGGUACUAAACGAGCCAGCCCUGAGAUGCAGGGACAAAAGACUGCUUCGUUCUGCCUGAGCUGAGAAGCGGCAAGAGAUCCGGGUCACUUUGCUGGGAAGGCUACGCCGGCUCCAGCCUCAUCUCUUCUGGAGAGGGCAAACGUUUGCAUGGCAGGUGGCUCAGCUCGGGCGAGAUCAACCCUGCCACCCAUAUUUAAGGUUUUGAGGGUACCUGAACACUAGGGAGCACACCACCUCCCCUGGGCCUGAGAAGGAAAUUACAGUAUCCAAACAGAAAAGGGAAACACCGUCCCACCACAAAGAGCAGCACAGUCCCAAAGAGACUGGUACGGCUCGGCUCCAGGGCAGCGCUGGGACUUGGACACGGAGCGAGCACUCGGGGAGGGGCGUGCGCUGCAGAUGGUAACGGCUUUGGGAAGGCUUUUUCCCCGCAGGAUGGGCUGUAUUUAGGAUACACCUGGCGGAGCUGCUGGGUGUAACCUGGGCGGGCAGCCUGCACGCAGGUCUCAGGGGAGGGGGGUCCUGGGUUGGACUGGCCCGGCCGCAUCCCAUGAGCAUCUCCCGGCCGCAGGACCACAAGCUGGGGCUUCACCGAUGGACACGGAGCCGCGUGUUGCGGUGCUGGGCUGCUGCGUGGCAGCGUCCUGCUGAUAGCUACACACAGAAGGGUUCGGUUGCAGGAGGGGCACUCGCUCCUUGGCUGGCUGGAGUAGAGGAAUAAACCUUAAAUUCGCCAAAGGCUUGUGAGGCGUCGGGUUCAGGAGCUCCUCAUGCACACAGGAGCAUGGCUGGCCCUCGCGUAGCAGAGCUCACCGGUGGCAGCAGGGCAGGAUUUAUCCCCAGCUCACCAGAUAAGAGGGUUUUUUCGCACCAGUCUGUGCUGUCGCGGCGGGCAGGCAGAUUUCCCCCCACUUGGCUUCCCCCACGAAGCAGUCUUUUGCACAGAGAUGUCGCUGCGCUCCCUGGGAAGAGGUUUUGGGCUCCUUGAGCAGGUUCCCACGUGCUGCAGCAGGUGGGGUCACAGCCCAUCCUCUGGGGUCCUCUGGGGACCCCGACCUGCCAUCGCACAGGGGUUUUCCUCCCUCAGGCAGGUUGGGGACAAGGCAGGGCGUGCGGGACAGUGCUGGUACACGCUGGGACCGGUGGUUCCCACCCAGCUCCCUUCGGUGUCGUGACGUUGCUCCUGUCUGUCCUCCCUUCCUCCCGUUACGGUUUGUCUUACGGUAACAGAAGUUAAAUAAUGCAUGGCCCUGUUCCCUAACACCAGAGAUUAUUUCAAGGAGGAUUUAACUAUGCUCCAAAAAUACAGCUAUAAAACAACAA